AUGGCUGAUAUUUUGUCAUUAAGAGAAUCGGUUUUGGUCUAUUUAGACAGAAGCUUUGGCCUUCAGAAACUUGCCGAAGACUGCAUACCAUUUAACGAUCCACAACAAAUGGAGGCAGUGUACAGGUUUUGUGUCAGCGUGAAUCCCUCUGAUGUGAUAGAGGUGGAUCCUGUAUUGGGUGACUGUGUAUUACAUGACCCCGUGAGAGCAACAGCUUUGUUUCAGUCUGUGUGCUUCCUGGCCAUAAAGACUCUUUCACUUGUUGACAAAAUACACACAGAGAGUCAGGUGAAUAUAAUUUUGAAGUUGACACACCUGCCUUCGUUCCCUGAAUACACCUUGGACCUUUGUAGUUUUUCACGUGGACAUGGUCCUAAGAGGCCUGUGGUCAUGGAGGGCCUAGUCAUUGCUAUAACAAGGGUCACAAAAUAUACUCAGGGGGCCAGGUUCCUCUGCAUCAAUGACGACUGCCCUUGUUCUACAGGAUUCCACCACAUCCGCGUCCAUGCACCCGGAGCCACAGAGGCAGCUACUGUGAGAAAUGACUUCAUCUGCAUGAUGUGUAGCUCCCCACUGAAAGAGGAUGUGAAGUUCAGAGUGCUGGGAGACAAACAGCUUGUGGAGCUGAUCAGUGUCAAAGCACUGAAUGUUCUCCGUACCCAUCAGCAAAGUGCACUCAGAUACCAAUCUGUCACCCUGUUUCUCAGAGAUGAGCUGUGUAACUCGAUGAGAAUUGGUCGACUCUACAGGGUGUUGGGCAUUCCCGCGCAUGUGCACCAGUGGCCAAAUAUCACCUACAGUGUAGAAGCAAACAGCAUUCAACCGUGGGAGCCAGAGCAUCCACAUAAAAUCAACUCCAACUUUCAGGACCUGUUGAAGGCCACAGCUAGUUCUCCUUGGAGGUUCUCUGCUAUUGUAGCUCACUGCUUUGGGUUGAACAUAGCUCCUCCAGGCCUCUACAGCACUUUAAAGCUGUGCUUGUUGCUCAGCUUGGUGCAAACCAGAGCAGAUGCAAAAGACACUUUUCAUGGCUUGGAUCUCCUCGUUGUUACCACUGACACACUAAUAUUAGACAGACUAAUAAUGUACAGCUUGAACUUGGCGUGUCGUGGAGUCAGGCAUCAGGCCUCAGGGGAGAUGUUUGCAUCUCUGUCCCGGGACGAGCAUGGAGCAGGCACUGCUAACAUCCAUGCUGGCUCUGCUCUGCUAGCCACCGGUGGCAUUUGCAUGUUGGGAGAUCUCAGCUGCUACAAAAAGGACAGACUGGACGCCAUUCAGUCAGUUCUGGAAAGCCACACGGCAUCUGUGUUCAUCCCAGGGAAGAAGUAUGGUGAGGAUGCUGAUCAGCAGCUUUCCUUCCCAGUCCAGUGCAGCUUCUGGGCCCUCACAGACUCCACAGAUAGCUCUCGACGGUCUGGGAGGGCAGAGUGUGCUGUACUAGGAACAGCAGAAAUGGGUGCCGUAACAACUCAGCUUGCAGAUGCCUUUGGCCUGCUCAUUCAGUGUCGGGAUAAUGUGGGAGAGCAGACCCUGCUUGCCCAGACUGUCCACACCCUCCAGCAAGCAGUACAGCCUGGAAAACCCCUCUACCCAUUCUGUGUGGAGUUUUCUACAGAAGACUACCAGGAGCUGCUAGCCCACGCACAAAGCUUGCAAGUGGAGCUAAGUCCUGGAGCAGAGAAGAUAAUCCAUGGCUACUACAUGGCCAACCGUCGAGUCCGAUCACAGAGUCAGGGUGUCAAGAUGUCUGUGGCUUCUGUCAAACUACUGAUUUCUUUGGCUGAGGCCCACUGUAAGUUGUGUCUGAGAACACGAGUACUGGAGGAAGACGCUGUGAUCGCUGUGCUCCUUUGUGAAAACUCAGUCACUCUAAAGCACGGGGCAUCUGCUCUUGUUAUCCCACCUGACGCAGUCUUUCCCUGUGACAUUGGAGAUGUGGAUGGUUUGCACAGGAGGGACACGACCCUGGAUGUUCUCCACCAGAAUAUCCUACGCUUCAUCUACACCUACGCACCAGGAGCAGACACAUACAUCACAGAGGAGUAG